AUGACAAAAUUGUUGCGAUUUUCAAAAGCAAAAACACUGAACCCGACGAAGCAGGACAUUCCCUGUUUAUCGAAGUCGACUUCAUCAAAAGAGGAAGACUCUGUUGACAAAGAUCUUCAGAAGUUACAAAAAUACAUCGAUGCUUUAUCUAAGCCUUUUGUUGAUAAACUGCAACUUGCUAAAUUGGCGAAAGAUGGCGUCGAUAAGAUAGUCCGAGGGCAGGUGUGGAAGCUGCUCAUUGGCUACAUUCCGUGUGAACGACAGAAACAAUUUGAGACGCAGCGAUCAAAGCGUCAGGAUUACAUUUCGAUGGCCACCCGUCUUAUGGCGACGGGGCUGACGGUGAAUGAAGAGAAGUCGGAGAUUCAAAUCAUGAAAGACAUUAAACGGAUGACUCGUGAAGUCCCAUUACUUCACAAUGAUCGUAUUCAAAAGUUAAUGUUACGCCUGUUAUUAGUCUAUUCCAUUAAACAUCCAGCGAGUGGAUAUGUCCAAGGCUUUGAUAGUAUGGCUUCUGUGUUCUUAGUUGUGUAUUUAACAGAUUACACUGGCACCUCCUCUUCUGUCUCACAAAUCGAUUCAAUGACUGUCGAUGAACUCUCCGAGAUCGAAGCUGAUGUCUAUUGGAGUUUUUCUUGGAUGUUACAAGCAAUUCAAAAUCAAUACACUUUCGACCAGCCCGGCAUUCAAAAACAAAUCGACGACUUAUCGACUCUGACCAAAAGAUACAACCCAAAGCUUUUCAAGCACUUCUCAGACCAAAACCUCACAUUCUUCCAAUUCUCUUUUCGCUGGUUUAACUGUUGUUUAGUCAGAGAAUUCUCAAUCGAUGCAAUCCAAGUCAUAUGGGACUCUUUCAUCUCCGAGCCAAAUGGCUUUGGCUUUCUCUCCCUCACGCUCUUCGUCUCUCUCUCCCUUCUCGACUUCUUCUCCUCGCAACUCAUUUCUUUAGAAUACUCCGACUUAAUAUCCUUUCUCCAGAACUUACCUACCAGUAACUUGUCCCUUGACGACAUCCACAAACUCAUCAUCCAGGCGUACACCUAUAGUAAUUUAGAAAAACUAUGUAAUUAA